AUGGAUGCUAGAAACCGGCGGCGACAACUCGGCGCCCCCUGCUACUGCCUACGGCCGCUCAUACGGAUCUGGGGAGUCGUCACGGCCAUUGUGGUCAGCGGAGUCGGAGUGGACAUCAUGGUGCACGGUUUCACUGCGGGUGUUUAUAUCAUUGUUGCCUCCGCCGUUAUAUUCCUGCUAGAAAUAAAGUGGAUUUUCACCCUCUUUAUACAUCUGCUGUGUACAAGCCACGACUACUCGGCGGGUUGUCACAAGUGUUGGAAUGUUUGCCGAUUCUGCGGGGGUUGGCGGCUUUCGUUUCCCUAUGUGGCCUUAGGCAUUGCGCUGAUAAUCUGGCCUCAUCGACUGUGGCUGAGUCACGUUGCCGGUGGGCUGCUGAUAGUGCUGGCCUUACUGCGGUUGCUCACUCUCUGUCAGUUCCGACCGAACGGACGGGACGAGGAACUGCUUAACCACUUCGAUGAUCAUGUAGAUAAAUAUGACCACCUCAGCGACGUUCUGGUGGAUGAUUCGAUGCCCAAACCGGGCCAAAGUCUGGAAGACGACGGCCUAGGAGAUGAGGAGGAGGGUGAAAAUAAUGCCAACAAUGGAACCAUUUGA